AUGAAGGAAAUCUUUAAGAUAGAAGGCAACCUUGGAUUUCCAAGACAAAAAAGGGCUAUUCUGGCAACUCCGAUAUUAAUUCCUGAAAAUCAAAGACCACCGUUCCCCAGACCUGUUGGCAAGGUCAUCAGCAGUGAAGGGACAGAUGGAGCAAAGUUUCGACUCUCUGGUAAGGGAGUGGAUCAAGACCCAAAAGGAAUUUUUAGAAUCAAUGAGAUCAGCGGGGAUGUCUCCGUGACCCGAGCCCUGGAUAGAGAAGCAAUUGCCAAUUAUGAGCUUGAAGUUGAGGUCACAGAUAUAAGUGGGAAAACCAUUGAUGGUCCAGUCCGCCUAGAUAUUUCUGUUAUUGAUCAAAAUGAUAACAGGCCAAUGUUCAAAGAAGGACCCUACGUUGGACGUGUCAUGGAGGGAUCCCCUACAGGAACGACUGUGAUGCGCAUGACAGCAUUUGAUGCUGAUGACGCUAGCACAGACAAUGCUCUUCUGCGGUAUAACAUCCUCAAACAGACACCUACCAAACCAUCUCCAAAUAUGUUCUAUAUCGACCCGGAAAAGGGAGAUAUUGUUACAGUGGUGUCACCCGUGCUCUUGGAUCGGGAGACUAUGGAAACCCCACAAUAUGAGCUAGUUAUAGAAGCCAAGGACAUGGGUGGUCUUGAUGUGGGACUCACUGGCACAGCAACUGCCACUAUUCUUAUUGGUGACAAAAACGACCAUCCACCAGAAUUUACCAAGAAGGAGUUUCAAGCCACAGUAAAGGAGGGAGUCACAGGUGUAAUAGUAAACUUAACCGUUGGUGACCGAGAUGACCCAGCAACCGGAGCAUGGAAAGCUGUCUACACCAUUAUCAAUGGAAAUCCGGGGCAGAGUUUUGAAAUCCAUACCAAUCCCCAGACUAACGAGGGAAUGCUCUCUGUUGUCAAACCUUUAGACUAUGAGAUUUCGGCAUUUCAUACACUGCUGAUCAAAGUAGAAAAUGAAGACCCGCUGAUUCCAGACAUAGCCUAUGGCCCCAGUUCCACAGCGACAGUUCAGAUCACCGUUGAGGAUGUGAAUGAAGGCCCAGUUUUCCACCCAAACCCAAUGACAGUGACGAAACAAGAAAACAUCCCUAUUGGCAGUGUCGUGUUAACAGUGAAUGCCACUGAUCCAGACACUUUGCAACAUCAGACUAUCAGGUAUUCGGUUUACAAGGACCCAGCAGGCUGGCUAGAAAUUAACCCCACCAACGGUACCAUUGUCACUACUGCGAUCCUGGACCGGGAAUCUCCUUAUGUUCAGGAUAACAAGUACACUGCUCUCUUUCUAGCAAUAGACAGUGGUAAUCCUCCUGCUACAGGUACAGGGACUUUGCACAUCACCUUGGAGGAUGUCAACGACAAUGUCCCUUCCCUUUAUCCAACACUGGCAAAAGUUUGUGAUGAUGCAAAAGAUCUCAGGGUAGUGGUACUAGGAGCAUCAGACAAAGACCUUCAUCCCAACACAGAUCCAUUCAAAUUUGAACUGAGUAAGCAAUCUGGCCCAGAAAAAUUGUGGAGAAUCACCAAGAUUAACAAUACUCAUGCCCAAGUCGUCCUGCUUCAAAACCUGCAAAAGGCCAAUUACAACAUCCCAGUCUCAGUGACAGAUUCUGGAAAACCGCCUCUGACUAAUAACACAGAACUGAAAUUACAAGUGUGUUCCUGCAAGAAAUCCAAAAUGGACUGCAGUGCAACUGAUGCUCUUCAUAUCAGCAUGACCCUUAUCCUUCUUUCACUCUUCAGUUUAUUUUGUAAGUCUUUUCCUGAACC